GCGCCGUCAGGGCUAUAAGUAACCCUUCGAGUACGCACUCAUCCAUCACCACCAUCUAUCGGUAAUCUUUCAGCGUAGCUUAAAGAGUAGACACCAAAGCAAAUCAAACCAAUCGAAGCAGAAGCAUCGAUAGAUCACCCGAACCAAACUACGAUGAAGAAGAUGCUCGUUGUCCUCGCUCUCCUGGCUCUCGCCGCGAGCAGCGGCUCCGCGACGACCAACAAUUGCGGCUGCGGGAAGCAGAGUCACGAGCAGCAGCAGCAGCAGCAGCAGCAAUGGCACCCGUGGUGGCAGCAGCAGCAGCAAUGGCACCCGUGGGAGCAGCAGCAGCAAUGGCACCCGUGGCAGCAGCAGCAGCAAUGGCACGGGCAGCAGUGGCAGGGCCAUGAGCAGCAGACGGCGCAGGGCGGCUACGGCGACUACUACGGCACCAGCCUGAACCUGAGCCAGUGCGGCGAGUUCCUGAGGCAGCAGUGCAACCCGGUGGCGAUGCCCUUCCUCCAGUCACGCCCGCUGCCGCCGAGCAGCUGCCAGGUGCUUCGGAAGCUGUGCUGCCGGCAGCUCAGGAAGGUGGAGCCGCAGUACCGCCACCAGGCGAUCUACGGCAUGGUCCAGUCUAUCAUGCAACAGCAGCAGCAAGGCGGGGUCAAUGGAUGUCAGCAAGGUGCUCAAGGCCAGACGUCGAUGAUGGUGGCGGCGCAGAUGGCGCAGCAGCUGCCGGCGAUGUGCGGCCUGCAGUCCCAGCCGAGCUACGACGCAGCUCCGUACGGCAUGGCUGGUGGUGGUUUCUACCAGCCGAGCUACGGCGCAUCUCCGUACGGCAUGGCUGGUGGUGGUCUCCUCUUCUGA